CACGUGGACUGCUCGGGAACGCGUGGACCAAUGGCUCUCUCGGCGAGAGCUGCCGUCGCCUACACUUGCUGACUUUCACGUUGGUCCUUUCAUCACCGCACGUCUUCGCCUGAGCUGGAUUUGGUGCCUUCCGGGUUGCGGGACAGUAGCGAGCUCGGUAGAUUUGAAUUUCUGGCCCAACAGGAAGAAUCGCAACUUUUUCCCCUGUAGAAUUGCAGACUCUGCUCUGGAAUUCUUACUCCCGGAAUUGACUCCAGGGAUUUGAGCGUUGCAUUGGGCUGAAUCGCAUCAUCGAGGUUCGAGAACUGCUCGAGCGGGUGUACUCGAUUUCAUGAGAUGAUGUCUCUGAAUCUCCACUGGACAGCAACAGUCUCACUUUCUCAGCACGCUGUACAUUGCGAUUCCGGUCUUGCUCGACCUUCUAUGAGGUCUUCAGCUGGAGGCAAUGUCGUACACCGUCGAAUUGCGCGCAAAGUUUGCUCUCCUGGCACGGAAGGCAAAGCGUUUCGAGCUCCUUCUGUACUCGGGCCAACUCGUCCACGGAGCCAGCAAUGGAGGUCCUUUGUUUUCUGCUCCUCUGGCGCCCAAGCUGUGACCGUUUCUCGAACGCAGCGAAUCAUGGAAAGCAUACCGACAGGCGAAGAAGCAGGAGGAGCGGGUGGGACAUCUUCAUACGAGUCGCUGAAGCGUGUGGAUAAGCAAUGGAAGAUGGUGCGGUCGAUGGAGCCUGUGAAGGGCUCACCUCCAGAAGUCGUCAGACGGCUCGAUGGGCAGAUGCUCGGAACUUCGGAUCGUGCUGCCCUCAGUGGUAGCUUCGAUGUGGUCGUGUGUGGCGGAACUUUGGGAGUGUUCGUUGCCACUGCCCUUGCCCAGCGAGGUUUCAAAGUUGCCAUCGUCGAGAAAGGUCAACUUAGAGGGAGAAUGCAGGAGUGGAACAUUUCAAGAAAGGAGCUUUUUGAGCUUGUGAAAUUAGGAGUGCUCAAUGCCGAAGAAGCUGAACAAGUCAUUACUGUCGAUUUCAAUCCAAAUCGAGUAGGAUUUGGUGCUGGCUCAGAUAUUUGGGUCAAGGAUAUACUCCACUUGGGCGUUUCGCCAGCAAAACUCAUAGAGACUGUAAAACAACGUUUCCUACAGGCGGGGGGAACAGUGUUUGAAAGCACGGGUCUUUCCAAAGUCGAUGUUUUUGACGAUGGCGCAGCAGUUUACUUGGAUAACGAUGAACUUUUGAAAGCACGGCUGGUGCUCGAUUGCAUGGGAAAUGCGUCACCAAUCGUGAGACAGGUUCGCUGGGGACAACGUCCGGAUGGAGUGUGUCUGGUGGUGGGGACUUGUGCUCGCGGGUUUGAGAACAAUACCAGCAGCGAUGUCAUUUACACAAACCUCCCCGUGCUUGAUGUAGGAAAGUCAAAGUUACAGUUGUUCUGGGAGGCAUUUCCAGCUGGCUCAGGACCCAAGGACAGAACCACUUAUCUUUUCACUUACCUGGAUGCAACACCCGAUCGCCCAUCUUUAGAAGAACUACUAGAGGCAUAUUGGAACCUUAUGCCUGAAUAUCAGAAUGUGAAAGUGGAGGACUUGGAGUUUCUGAGAGUCUUAUAUGGAUUCUUUUCUACAUAUCGAAAAAGUCCUUUGCCUUCAGCUUUUGAUCGAAUCCUUCAGAUUGGUGAUGCAAGUGGGAUUCAAUCACCCUUAUCAUUUGGUGGUUUCGGCAGUAUUUCACGCCAUUUAGAAAGGCUGACCACAGGACUCACCGAUGCUCUUAAAGGUGACAUCUUGGAGAAAGAUAAUCUCUCUCUUCUGAACCCUUACAUGCCAAAUCUAAGUGGAGCAUGGCUAUUACAGCGGGCCAUGUCAGUACCACCGGGAGGAAGUCCACCACCGGAUUUCAUUAAUGAACUAUUGUCAACGAAUUUCACAUGCAUGGAGAAGCUGGGAGAUCCAGUCAUGCGUCCCUUCUUACAGGACGUUGUCCAGUUUGGGCCUCUUGCUAAAACUAUGGGUUCAAUGAUGCUGGCGAAUCCUGGAAUUCUUCCUCAAAUAAUUAAACAGGUUGGACUCGUACCAUUGAUCGACUGGCUCGUCCACUUCAUUGGUCUCGGCUCUUUCACAUUCCUUUCAUCGGUGGCUGCCCCUGCUUUACAAUCCUGGGUGAAUGGCCUCGACAGUAGAGAGCAGUUCAUAUGGAGACGACGCUUUGAAGCAUGGAGAUUUGGAGCAGGUCUAGAUUACUUGAAUUAAAACCUUUGUCUGGCUUCAAGGUUUCAAGCUGCACUCACUUAACAAUAGCUUGUAUGUAAAAUGAUAUUAGCUGUACAAUACAGAGAGCGACAAUUACUGGGAGGAGAAAUGUUCCAGUCUGUACAACUUUGUAACAAAUGUCUUAUAAAUGGUUAGGUUUGCAGUAUUUCACUUAUCAACUUGUCCAGCAAAUCCGAGAUAAUGACACUUUUGAAUAAUGCAACAUCGUCCUUCAACUAAAUCAAGAAGCAUGAGGUGUUUUUUGGACUGGG